AUGCAAUUGUCCUUGCCAGAACUAUCCUACACGCGUCAGUCGUUGACUGCGUUUGAACCGCCAAUUCGGAAUGAUGGCCGCUCCAUUGACCAGCUACGGGCUUUGUCUGGGCAAGUCAACAUUCUGCCUGGAGCUCAUGGAUCAGCUCGAAUAAAAUGGGGAUCUACAGUCGAGGUUUUAGUCGGAAUUAAGGCAGACGUUGCAGAUGCAACGAUUCAUGGAGGGGCUUUCGAGGCUUCUGUUGAUGUUUCUCCUUCAGUUACAAUUCAAAAUCGAGAAACAGACCACCUUCCAUCAUCUCUUACAAGCGCCUUACAGGACGUUUUGGACGCACUUCCUGUGGACUAUUUAAAAUUUACACCUUCAAAAGCAUGGAGGAUCCAUGUAGACGUAAUUGUGAUGCUCUGUGCUGUUCCUAAUGAAAACAUUCUUUCUGCGUUGAGUUUGGCUACUUCGCUGGCUCUACAAACAACUAAAAUACCUAAAAUAUCCACUCCAAAUGUUACUGAAAUGGUGUUGGGGAGCAGUAAGUUUGAGCCUUCUGAAGAAUACGAUGUCGACUCCGAAUGGGACAAUGCCGUUCCUUUGCAAGGUCUAGAGAACUUGUCUGUUAUUAUUACUGCAAGUAGUGUCGACCACAUUUUACUCAUAGACCCAACAGUGGAUGAAGCCAAUGUUGCUCAGGCCACCUAUGCGGUGGGUGUUUUACCCGAUGGCACUACGUCUUAUACUCGAACCAUUAGCAUGGGAGGUGGUUAUGCCUCCACUGGAAGAGCCAUAACUGCUGAGCGCUAUAUUUCACUAGUUCAAGCAGCAUCCGUAGCGGGUACAAAAUUGCAAGAGGCUAGUAAAUCUCUUUUAGCAUACGAAGGAUCCGGUUUCUUUGAUAUUCUUCCGUAA